UUGGCAAGCUGAGUUCCACGCGUGCUGAGAGGGAAGACAAAAACAGAAGAAGUAAAGAUUGAAACUGUAUGUGGUGGUGGUGCAGGCAGUGGAAGGAGAGAAAUAGGAGGGGAAAACAGUUGAGGUGGACAACUUGAGAGGAGAGUUAUCAUUAGUCACACCUCUGAGCUCAAGAAUAGACAGUUAACAACCGAACUAAGAGGAGAGAAGGAGGUGACUGAAACAUCUGAUCUAAAGGAGCCGAAUUUGUCCUGAAGAAAAAACUAAAGUUGAGGACCACCUCAAGAUCUCCAGAUUUCUACAUAUUCUACUGAAGACGUUUCCAUCAUCCUGCUGUCUAAACUGGAGUAUGCGCUGCCAUCCCUGUCACCCCUGCCGCUGAUCCAGGUGGUCAGCAUGAUCUCCCACUACCCUCUGGCCACUCUCACGCCUUGGCCUGCGGGUCCCCACCACUACUAUCCCGACCUGGACUGCACCUUGCUGCUGGAGGGGGAAGGAGGAGUCGCCCUGCAGCGGUAUCAGCCCCGGUACCCAGAGAGCAGCCCACGACACUGGAGCUCUGUGCAGGACUGGGGGGAGGAAGUCGAGGACGGAGCCAUCUACAAUGUGACACUGAAGAGGGUUCAGAUUCAGCAGGCAGCCAACAAGGGAGCAAGAUGGCUGGGGGCGGAGGGGGAUCGUCUGCCUCCUGGCCACACAGUGAGCCAGCUGGAGACCUGCAAAAUCCGCAGUAUCCGGGCUGGAACACUGGAGCGUCUGGUGGAGACGUUAUUGACGGCAUUUGGAGACAACGACCUCACCUACACCUCCAUCUUCCUGUCCACCUACAGAGCCUUCACCAGCACACGGACUGUACUGCAGCUACUGCUAGACAGUUAUGGAUGCAUGGAGGAAAAUGAACAAGACACAGACAGAUGUCAAGGCUCUGAAACCAAUGGGGCCAUCAGAAAUGCUUUGGCCUCCAUCCUGCGUGCCUGGCUGGACCAGUGUCCCGAAGACUUCCAGGAGCCUCCUGACUACCCCUCUCUCCACAGGCUGAUGGACUACCUGCGCAAGGCCCUGCCCUGUUCGGAGGCUCUUAGACGGGCAGAGGGUCUGCUGGAGCAGCUACAGAGUCAGGCCAGCAUGGAUGACACUGAUGCUGGUUUCCAUGGCAACAGCUCUUUCUGCCUGGGGGAAGAGGAAGAAGUGGAGAUUGAGGUCCAGGAGGACUUCCUGUCGUUUGACGCAGACCUGGUGGCUGAGCAGCUGACCUACAUGGAUGCGCUGCUGUUCAAAAAGGUUGUACCCCAUCACUGCUUGGGCUCUAUCUGGUCUCAGAGGGAUAAGAAGCACAACAAGCACAGUGCCCCCACCAUCCGUGCCACCAUUACUCAGUUCAAUGCCGUGGCGGCCUGUGUGGUCAGCACGGUGCUGAAACACAAGCAGAUCAGACCGCACGUCAGAGCAAGGGUGAUCCAGCGCUGGAUCGACAUCGCUCAGGAGUGUCGCAUACGCAAAAACUUCUCGUCUCUGCGAGCCAUUGUGUCUGCACUGCAGUCCAAUCCUCUGUACAGGCUGAAAAGAGCAUGGGCCUGUGUGCACAAAGACAGCAUGCAGACGUUUGAGGAACUGUCAGACAUUUUCUCGGACCAUAACAACUACCUGACCAGCAGAGAGCUACUCAUGAGGGAAGGCACUUCAAAGUUUGCCAGUUUGGAGAGUUGUGCCAAGGAGCACCAGAAACGCACCCACAAGAGACUGCAGCUGCAGAGGGAAAUGGGAGCAAUGCAAGGAACAAUACCAUACUUGGGAACUUUUCUUACUGACCUAACCAUGUUGGAUACAGCCCUGCCUGACCAAGUAGAGGGUGGUCUGAUCAACUUUGAGAAGAGACGCAGGGAGUUCGAGGUGAUAGCUCAGAUCAAACUGCUUCAAUCGGCCUGUAACAGCUACUGUCUGACUCCAGAACCAACUUUCCUCCGCUGGUUUAAGAGCCAGCCUCAGCUCAGUGAGGAGGAGAGCUACGCCUUGUCCUGUGAGAUUGAAGGUCUUGGUGACAGCAGUCCAACUUCACCCAAACCCCGAAAAAGCAUGGUGAAGCGACUCAGCCUGCUGUUUCUUGGAUCAGACAAUAAUGCAGCCAGUUCUCCGGUCAGAGAGACGCCACGAUCGCCUCCAACUGGCAGCUCAGGGGAGAGCAUGGACUCUGUCAGUGUGUCCUCCAGUGACUCCAGCAGCCCGUCAGACAGCGAAGGACUUGCCCCCCCCACUCACACCUCUGACUCCCAGCAAAACAAGCUAUCGGAAUCCUCCUCUUGUAAUUCACUCCACUCCAUGGACACCAGCUCAUCGACAGCCAGUGUUACCAUGACUCCUGCAUCCCCCUCCCUCCCUGGGCACACCUGCACUCACAGACGCUCCGUCUCCCUCACUCCCCUGUCCCCUAGUUCCCCUAGCCAGACCCCAGCUUAUAACACCCAGGCCCAGGACACUUGCAUCAUACGAGUCAGUCUGGAGAACGGCAAUGGGAAUCUCUACAAGAGCAUACUAUUGACCAAUCAAGACAAGACUCCGGCUGUAAUUUCUAGAGCCAUGGCAAAGCACAACCUGGAGGUGGAGCCGGAGGAGGGAUACGAGCUGGUACAAGUCAUCUCUGAGGAGAGAGAGCUGGUGAUCCCAGACAACGCCAACGUCUUUUACGCCAUGAACACCUCGGCUAACUUUGACUUCCUGCUGCGGGUGCGCGGCUCAGCGGGUCGGCCAGUCCAGCUGCGAAGCCGGUGUAGUUCCACACUCCCUCGGACCCAGCACCGCUCGAGCCUCUCGCUUCGACUCAGCAAGGUCACACUGUGACUGGACUGUUACGACCCAGAAGUUUGCCCUUACGCCACGAACCAAGGACAAUGCAGGGCAUGAACUGGAUAUUAAGUGUUGGGUUUUAGGUGCAGAGGCUGGAUGGAUAAAUGGACUCGAGGAAGCUCUGGAGGAUCACUGGAUUCGAGAAGGAGCCGAUGGACCCGGAUGAGCUCUAAGACAUUUGAGUCUCUUCCCGAACGGUGCCAUCCCUUCGCCCAGCCUUAAUAUGGAACAUGGAUGUGUAGCGUGACUGCUGUGCCAGUGGGACUAAACUUUUGACUAGUGAUGCCUGUGACAGAGUGAUACAGCGACCCGAAGUGGCCUCCGCUCAUUACGACAGGUUUUUGCACACAUUGUGGGAGCAGCCAAACUCCUGACCUCCGACAGUAUUCUGAAAUUGAAACAAACUUCUUUUCGUCCUGUGAUGUCUGCGUAGCUGAAUAAUAACUUUUCUUGUAAUAGAAGAGUGAUGAAUGCAGAAAUAGAAGAUGGAUGGUGGGGUAGAAGGGGAGGUGGGCUGAGUUUCCAGUCCUUUUGCCUUUAUUGAUGAGUGAAUGGACCUCUGACAGUAAUCUGAAUGAUAUUGAUGAAACUGAUUGACAGGAGCUGUGAUGUCAUUAAUUUCCCUAGUUGGGCAUGUUUAUCUGCCAUGUCCGCCUUGUGCACAGUGUGCACAGUGUGUUUGUAUGUGUUCAGCCCCUCUUAUGUUGUGAGCUGUGUGAUGAAUGCAGUGUUACGUGCAUUCUGAUUGGUUCCAGUACUUGGUUUUAGCAAGUCCCCGGCAAAUGUUGAAAUGGCCUUACCUGCCCUAUCUUUAGGGUGUAGAGAUGCAAUUUGUGCUGCUUUCUUUGUGCUUGUAUGAAAAAAAGAAGGUGGGAGGUGUACAACAACGGGAGAAGAAAGGAGAGAAGUGUCUUACUGAAAUGGAAAGCACCGUGCACAUUGUCUCAAACUGAUGCAUACUUGUACCUCUUUGCCCUUCAGCAUCUGAACUAUAGAGUUGCACUUGUCAGUUGGUAGGAGAUGCCAAUGGGAUGUGAAUACAGAAGAAUGAGUGAGCCACUCUGUUAGUGGUUUACUCCCUCUUCAGAAAAUGAAUUACUAUUUUUGUUUGUAAUUGUUGCUUUAUAUAUAUGUAUAUAUUUAUAUAUACAUAUAUAUUGUAACACAAUUCAGGCCAGAAAAGUAAGCCAGAUUGGAGAGUGAUAGAAGGUUUUGAAAGUAAAUGUUAAAAGUAAAUUCAGAAAGUGUCAUAUUUUAGCCAGCGCUAAUUUUACUGUGAUACAUUUGUAAAUCUUUAACUGAGGGACUCUUUACCUCAUUAUACUCACUGAAGCCAAACACCUCUUCACACAGUAAACAUCCAUCUGUUUUUCUCACAGGCACACUCCUCAUUCCCAGCACAGCUGUAGUUUCACAGCAGCAUUACCAACACUUCAUCACCCUUCCGCGUUAUAGUAACACAUUUGCAGAUCAACAUUCACAGUGUAAUAUUUUCCCUUUCAGUUGCUCUCCACAGGUCCUACAGUGUCAUUCUAUUGUGCCAUGACUACAUGUUAGUGCAGCUAGUUAAUGUUCCUUGGCUAAUAGGACGGGGAACUGGUUCACUAUUGGACUUAUGUUAACGGCCCUGUUGGUCCCUGCAGCACUUCAUUUGAAAAUAUUCUCAUUAAAAUGCCCUCAGUUCCUGUGUUCUUCACUGCCAAAGACUCUUCUUCUAC